UGAGUAGGCUACUGGGUGUAUCCUACCUGUGCAACCCGGUAUCACGACAAGACGUGAAAUAAUCACGUUGGUCCACUUUGGAAAACGUGUAGAUGUCACAGUUUAACAACCUCAGACGUGAAUCUUACACGUUUGCGUUAACACGUUCCCGUGGAGAAAUACCCGGAUGUUCACUUAUUUUACUCGCCAUUGCUGUAAGCUCUGCCAUAACGAUCUAUUUUAGUUUUCAUUAAAUCGAGAAAAAUGGCAUUCUGUUGUAUUGAAGACCACUGAUAAAUUUUCUAUUUAAUUAUUUAAUAUGUAUAAACAAUAUUUUCAAGGUGAAAAGCAUUCAUUUGCAUUGUUCCAUGCCGAAAAAACGUCUCAAUGUCACAUUUUUAUUGAAGUAAUGAGUAAAACGUCUAUUUUUCUUGCUUCCCCCAGCUCCUCGUUUAGGUGAAAGCUAAACAAUGUGUUAUAUCGACGUUAAACCAUGUUAACCAUAACCAGCAAAAUAUAUUUUUUGCUGUGUAUGGUAGAAUACAUUAAUAGUGGAUACCCUUGCCAAACGUGAGAACUACACGACAGAAAAAAAAAUACCCGAACGCAUCACGUGACGUGACGUCACCGUAAUUUGCUAAAGUUUAAUUUAAAGAAAACAAAACACUGAAAUAACGUCACUGGAGUAAUACUCUCAAAUGUGAAAUUUGCAUGUUUUUUUUCAGCUGUGGAAAUUCGGGGAAAAUAUCCGUUAAUGCACGUUAAUGAUCCGCUUGCAACUAACGUUAGACAUUCUCCUUACAAGUAGGUGGCGGUAAUGCGCAAAAUCGAUGCGAGAUUGCGUAUCGCCAAAUAAAGGCAGAACAAGAGGACUUCCUCCUCUUCGGACUUCAUUAAGCAGGUAAGAGAGGCGUAUUAAUAUAAGAGGCGUUGACAACAAUAUAUACUAAAAUGUAAUUAUAUAAGGUCUAUUGUCAUUUGCGAUAUUAAUAUAUUAAAUAACUUAUUUAAUAUUUUUAUGGUGUUCUUUGGUCACUCAGUAAAUGUCUUAAUUUUCCAAUAGACUUUUAACGUCAGCAAUUUAGUUGUCUUUAGUUGCAAUUAAGAUGGCUGAGCAGGACAUUGGUGCAGCAGAGGAUGCUAUGUUCCAUGCAGACCUGCUUUUGGCUCAAAUGAAAGAAAAACAAGAUGAGAAAAGUGCACCCCCUAACCGGGAGAGUAAAUUUCAGUGGAUUGAGAGAGACUGUGAAGGUCGUCCACUGCUGAAAAGAAAGAGCAGAAGCGGAAAAACGCGUAUGCGUUCUUCAGCUACAGUCCUGAAUCCUUGUGACCCAGCUGAGGAGGUAUCCAUGGUGACAGAACAAAACAUGUCUCAACACUUACUUGACAGUGAGAUGCAGAAACUGCAGGAGAUUCUGGCAACAACUGUUGAAGCUUCAGAUGGUCCUCCUUCAACAUCAUCAUCAUGGAGCUUGCGACAGUCUGCAGCCCAAGAUGAGUGGCAGAAAGCAAGGCCCUACCACCUGGACUGCUUGUUGUUCUCCAGGGUGGUCAAGGAAAAUAAAUGCAGUCAGUGCUCAUCUCCUGCCAUUAUUCGUUGCAGAGACUGCAUGCCUGAAGAGUGGCUGUGUAUGGAGUGUGAUAUAAUUUGCCACAAAAAACUGGUACUCCAUAACAGGGAGUCGUGCAUUGAUGGAUUUUACCGGCCCAUUCCGCCAACGGUGUGCUGUGUGAAAGAAAAUGGCAGAUGUACAUUAAAAAAUCAAGUUCGGCUGUUGCCUACAGUGAGACCUGACCGACUGUGCACCUGUGACCCAACAAACAUCACAGAAUCUGCUGGAAGAGUAACUAUUUUGGUUUGCAUAAAUGGUCGUUAUGACUUGUACUUGCCCAAUUUGGCGUGCAGAGUGUGUCUAUCACAAUGGACACCUGACAGAAGCGACCUCAUAAGAAGUGGGUAUUGGCCAGCAUCUGUAAAUUCUGAAACAUUGUUUUCAGUGGAUGUAUUCAGCACAUUUGAGGAGAUGAAAACCGUUGCUCCGGGUUUGUCAAGACAAGGCUUUUUGCGGUUGUUAGAGCAGAGGACAGAGCAGUUUGGAAGGAGCGGUAAAAUACAUGGAGAUGCAUUUCAAAGGAGCUUUGUGGAAUACACUUUCUGCCAGUUUUUAUGUGAGAAAAUGGCAAAUGUGGAGCACUUCACCUGCCCAGCAUGUACACCCAACAUGCUUGCGGUUUCUGCAGACGGCAACAGAAAACUGUACAGGUUUCAACACUCUAAAGGGUCAGAGGAACCAUACUUUGAGGGCAUCUUCAUUGCCAAAGAUGUGGACGUAUCCUCUUUCGUUGAAGAAAUCAGGAGUAAAGCGAAAAGUACUCCAGGAAAAGGCACUUGUGGUGCUACUCAGUGGUCUGCUGCCAGGGAGACUGCCAGAAGAGCUAGCAAACUUGAUGAAGAGGGUCUUGAGGUAGCUGUUUGCAGGCAUGGGGUGAUAUUAAAGGGUCUCAACAUGUACAGGGGGGAGAUCUUUGCGUAUCCCCUAUUCCUGCAGAAGGAGCUUCAGGCAGCCACAAACAUACAUUUCUACUGCACUGACAUCUCAUGCAAGUACUGGCCCUAUCUUCAGAAGAUGUCAGUCUCUAUGCCUGAACUGAGCCCUCUUCUUCAAAUGAGACCAUUUCUGUCAGUCAUGCACGCCAAGGCCCAGUCAACUAAGUGUGAGAUUGUCUGGAGUGGUAGGAAUCAGGAGGGUGCUGGCGCAACUGCAGGGGAAGAGGUGGAAAUGGUGAACAGUUUCCUCUCUCGUUGUGCUCUCACAACGAAGUACAUGACCAAAUCUGCUCGCAAUGACAUGCUGACUGUACAUGCAAUUGGGUGGAAUAGACGCAAGCAUGAUGGCCUUCAUCUUGCAUUGUCCAACAGAUAUGUCAAGACCGUCCGAAAGGCUGAGGCUGAGUCCCAGAGGCUGGAGAACUUGAGCCGUGAACUUGGGUGUCCUGAGAACAUGGUCCAGCAGUGGGUACAUGACGUCAGACAGUGGGCCACUGAUGAUUCUAUAGAUGUCAGACAGGAUGACCAACAUAUCCUUCAGCGGUCGAUAGAGCACAUAUGUAUGGGUGUCUAUCAAAAAAAAGCAAGCCUUUAUAAUCAGACAGACAGCAACAAGAUUCGACAAAUGCGGCGACGGAAACUGGGGGAAGAGAAAAGGAAACUCUUUGAAGCAAUCAAACGAUACAAUGAGCAGGUGCCAGAGAAGGAGGGCAUAAAUGAGCAGAUGGUGGAGAGCCGACUCUCUAUGGUGGGCCAUGGCAGUGGGGAGGACAGUCUAAUAUGGCCAUGGGAGGUUCACAGCACUGAAUCCACAAACAUCCUCACUAAGAAGAAGAUUUUCGAUGCAUACAUGUCAAAGAUGCGGCUGCAAGAAGAGAAGAUCCUAAUUCUUAGGGAGAUGAGACAGCACUGCACCUACCUCAGAGGGCUGGCUGAUGGCAUUAGGAAGCUGAUUGCAGAAAUGUCUGGAGGAAACCGUGGCAGUUUAACUGACGAGGGGCAUUGUGGGCUACAGUGUCUUCUACAGGAAAGGCUUGCUGAUGUGGAGGAGAAGAUUAAAGUCGUUUCCUCAAGAUACAGCUUGGCUUUAGGACCUCUAUUCCCUGAAGACUGGUCUGAGGAGAUACCGGAGAUACCGGAUGAGAAUAAAGGACUUGAAUACGAGAGCUCAGAGUACAGUGAUUUGGAAGAUGUCUAACUAAUUUGUGAAUUGACAUGUGUUUUUGCAUUUGCUUGCCGGUUUUUUUUGUUUUGUUUUUUGUUUGGAGGGUGUGGUUUUGGACAUACCCUUUUUCAAUAGAUAGUCUCCCUUAUUUAAUUUACAUAAAUACCAUUGCCUUUAUUGUGAUGAAUAAACUAGCAAAAUUAUUUCUGUGUCAGAUGAAGAGUCCCCACCCACCAGCCCUGUAACUGAUCAAAUUAAUGUACUUGGUACUAACUCUAUAAAUAAAAGCUGACGUAUAGUGA